AUGUGCCAAUAUAGGUAUUAUUACUACGCCGGCUGUCGCCACCAGCGGACCGUUCUCGUCAACUACUGCGCGAAUGCGACUCCGGUCGCAACCGCGCGCCUUCCACAGCAGUCACAACACCCACCGCGACCGCCGUCGACUGCUGGCAACUCCGACCCAUUCGACGACGACGAGGGGAGCGCGAGCUCCAUCCCCGACCUGACUUCCAACUCCACUGCCCCAUCCUCCUCUCCCACCACAACAACAUCAGACUCCCACACCUCGCAUCGGCAGUACACCUUACCAUCCAUCUUCGAGCCGACUUCAGACGUCGCAUCUUUACAUCUGCAACGACCCGUCCGCAGGCAUUCGGACCCACUCAUCAUCGACAUGGCUACGCUGCCCACAUUCGCCAGAUCGAAUUGGAGAGAACCAUUUCAACUGAUAGUCGAGGCUGCAAAGAAUACACCCUCGGCAGAGACCAGUCGGCUCGACGCUUACGGACACGAGUGCGCCAUCCCUGAUGCAAGCGCGAGACCUCCUACCGACGCGAUUCCCGAACAAUCCUCAUCGAAGCAACAGUCUGUUGACAGACAAGACACCAAGCAGACACCCAACGCGGCACCGCAAAGCAAUCCAAGUCCACAGCAUCGGUACACGGCCCGCGACUAUGCUGAGAUGUUCAAGGAGCUGGUCGAAGCACGGCAAGAACUUGAACGACUCAAGAGAGAAGGUGACUACCUUCAGAGAUCCCGGGAUGCCAAUGAAAGCGCAUACUCGAAAAAUCCAUCAUCGCCGGUCACUCAGGGUCAUCGUGACAUUCCAUUGCAGGCGAUCGACCCCAAUCUUUCUCCGGCAGCUCUCCUUCAACGUGAACAUGAGAGGAUGCAACUGCAGCAAGCUUGUGUGCUGGAUAUGGCGAUGCCUGAUGCUCCGACCACCCCUCCGAGCAGUCUCGACUUUCCUGAACUCUAUACCGCUGAGCACGUUUUGCAACCAUCGUCGCUCAAAUCGAACGCGGUUCGCAAACCGUCCUAUGCAAGCAUGGUGACGCACGUUGGGGUGCAGACAGAGGACAAGAACAACAUCACGAGGGAGGAGGAGAAUGGAAACAGCGUCUCGCAGUCGGCUACCACCGCCGAUGCAGCAGACCAAGAGAAUACAUCUGCGUCGCCCACGCAGACGCCAGGCCCUGCAUCCAGGAUCUGGCGCGUUGCGAAUGAUGGGACAUGCGAUCAAGACACACAGCUGAACCUCAAAUCCAACACUCCCGUCAAAGCACCGCCCCGAUUCGCCCAGCCUACCAUGGCUUUCAGUCGUCGCGCUGACGAGACGAUUCGCAAGAGCAUCAACAACAACACUAGUGGCACUCCACCAGAGGGGAAGUCGCCUUCGCUAUGCUCCAGCGCCCAAAAACAACAAAAGCGCAAGUCUCUGCCGGGUGACUGGCUUAGUGGCUCUCCAUCACAGGCAGCGAAACACUGUCAGGUCCCUGCACACCCUAGCAUCGGAUCUCAUGCUUCUGAGCAGAUUGUUGCAGCGCAGGAAGCCAACCCUCGGAAGAAGACGGGCACUUACAGGUCACCGACGAAGGCCGCUACCCAGCGGACUAUCGCGACUAUCGGACAAGAAACUACGCCGCCCUACUCUCCCCGACUGCAGCGCAAUGUUGUCAAGGCUGAUGUCUCACCGACGCUGGUGAGGGAUACAGCGACAAUAACAUCGGACGAUGCCUCUUCCGCAUCGCUUGAGACCACUAUUCAAGUGGAGCUGAGCGAUCGUCGAAUGUCCGAGCUGCAGCCACGAAGCAAGGACUCCAUCAAGUUGCCUGCCCCACGACGUUCUACAAUUGGCGCUGAUCUACCACACUCUCGCCAGCUGCCUGCAAAUACUUCGAUUGCCGAGCUUCUCUCGCAGCAGGCUAGGGCAGCUGGUUUACCCAUGGUCGCCAACCUGACCACCCAGCGUAGAGGCUCGCAUGGGCAUCUUCUGAUACCAAUCAAGGCGAAGUUGGAUAGAAUUGGUAUUCUCAGAGACGGUCCGCAUGUUUCCAACGUACGUGGCACCUCGGAUCUCUUCAGUCCAAGCUCGCGAACCAACCAGUCCGAUCCCUUCAGCCCGCCGCAGUCGCGAACGAUGUACGACAUUCAAGAAGCAACGUUUGAGGCAUCAAAGGGUGACGACAAGGAGCGACGCGAAUUUGAUGCUGUUCCGAGAAACAAGAAGGUUGUGGUCCCCCCACAUGUGCGUGCUGCUCUUAAAGAUGCUGCCGCUCAGCGAGCGACCACUUCAUCUGCUACGAGUCGUCAGACGACAGAUGCACCGCCUUCGCUUAGAGCCACAGCGCAGGAGUUCAAGCCAAUGCUACAGCAGGUACAGCAACCUGUGCAUCAGCAAACAACAGCACAGCACCAGGGCGCACCAUUACUUCGUGGUGCAUUCUCCUCGAACUCCACCCUCCCGCAUACUUACGCAGCUGCCGUCAAGCUUCAGCCAAAGCCGACUAGAGCACCUGAUGACUCGCCGCCAGCAUUCAUUGAUGGCUUUCCCACGACCGAGGAAGCAACGAGGUUCUACGAUGAGGACGAAUGGCUGAACAUGACGCCGGAUAUGAGACGUGCGAUCCUCGAACGUCGCACUCAUAUCCGCGGGGCUCCUGGUCCGUAUCAUCAAAGCCAUUCACAAGGUGCAGGUCCAGUUCACGGGCAGUAUGCUGGCAUGCAAUCGCUGUCCACGACGUGCCCAGAUGUUUUUGGUUCGAGCCCGCAAGAGUCACACAUGGGUCAAGUUCAGCUCCCUCGCGUUCAUCCGCUCGGCCAACCUGUCCACUGGGCAGCCAAGUCUGGUAUCGACCUUCAGACACCACUCGCUCCAGGCAGGCCAGCCAUGCCGAUGCUUCCUCCGCCUCUGAUGGCGCCUCGCCCACCGCCUGUAGGCUUCAACUCCACGCAGUUCGCCUUGCCGAGAACUCCAGCCCAGCAGCCACGUUCGUGGACAAUUGGCUCGGACCAAGUCCGUCGGGUUUACGGCUGGAAAGGUGGCGACGGGCGCGAGAUCAAGUUCGUUGGGCAUGGCCCGGACGCUGAACGCGAUCCCAACAGUGGCAUACGGUUCAACUACCAGCGAAGAGUUGCAAGUAACGGCAGAGGCCCUCGCCUGGUCGGUGCUGUGAAUGAGGACGGCUCACCUGAAGCUCCACUCGCUCCUCGAUCUCGUCAUCAUUGGGCUCAGCUUGCCGGUCAUAUGCGGCAACCUUGCGACAAUAUGGAGAUCGUGGAUGCAGUUGAGCAGAUGCCAAUGCCUGGCAAUGAGCCCCUCUACGGGUAUUGCGGAAACUGUGCCAUCUCCAGUCACUAACGCUGGAUGGCUGCAUUUCUGCUUGUCAAUUUGUUCACGGCGUUUGCAGCUGUGGUCUGUUCCGCUUUUGUUUGAAAAGCAUUGUCUAUUGGCUUGGGUAUCUCGAGCAGCAGUUGUACUUCCGACCCCGCG